AUAUAUAUAAAACAUGUCCUUCCUCGUUUUGCCCGGCUCUGCGAAAGCGGGAAAUUCGCAAAUCCCUGUGGUUCUGCUCCUGGUUCUUGGGCAUCGCGUCGAUCAAGUCUGCUUCGCUUCCAAUGGAGGAAGACCCGACCUUCGAUCCUGAUCUGAUCCAUUCCAUCUUCAAGAGCGUGUGGAGCAGGAUGGCCCUUGAGCGCGAGAGAAACGAUGCCGCCGAUGCGAUUGACAACGAGGCAGGACCUGCGAAUGCGACGUCCAAGAAGAACCGACCGACUUCCGCUAAUUCUAAUGCACUGAAGCUGAGCUGUGAACUCCUGCGGCUCUUUAUCACAGAGGCCGUGCAACGAGCUGCUGCUAUCGCUGAGGCAGAGGGCAUGACGAAGAUUGAGCCAACUCACUUGGAGAGGAUUCUUCCCCAGUUACUUCUCGACUUUUGAGGCGUUCCUUCCUGAUAUAGCUCGGAUACUGAAAAAUCAGGUCUUGAUGAGAAGUUUAGCAUGUUUUUCAUUAAUCAGAUGUUAAUUGUUUCUUGCAAAAAGAAGUACGUGAUAGGUAGAACUUAAUUAGGAUACUCCUUUGUCCAAAUUGACAAAUUUUUGGAUUCAACCUCCCUGCUCUCUUAUGAAUUAGCGUGGUUGUGAAGUUUCAAGAAAUCUUAUAUUGUAUUUCAGUUUCUACCUCAA